UAAAGACCAAGAGCAUAUUUAUUUUAAAUGUGUCAGCGGGAAAUCAAAAUAAACAAUUGACUGGAGGACUCCGUCGAAGAAUAUGACAGACGAAAGCGAAUCCAUGGAGACAACGAACGACGAAUCCCAGAAGCCUGAAUCACAAGGACGAAUGCAGAUUCUUGACCACGCCUUGUCACAAGCCAGGAAAAAGAUAAUUUCAUCUGCAAAGUUACAGUUAUUUCAAAAGCAUCUUCGUCCUAUUCACAAGAAGAAUCCUGAAGUCCUCAAAAGGAUGCACAUGCAGCUUACAAAGCAACUGGAUUGUCACAUCAGUGAGGAAGUGAUGUUGAUGUUUGCGGAAGAACAGAUGGAGAAAAUACUUGAUGACUUGGAUGGAGUAAUUGCAAGUCAGAAGGACAACAAAGAGGAGGCAUGGCGACCUUCAGGGGACCCCCAACAAGACAGCCGGGUGUAUAAUAUCUCAGUCAAAGUGAAACAAAAGGCACAGCUUCAGCAUGUCCUCAGUCAGCUGGAGCAGCAGAACACCCUACUCCGGGACCAUGUAGCUCUGCGACAGAAAAAACUCCUGGGCACAAAACGCACAGUGGACUCUGGAAUCAGCAAGUGGAGAGAGAUAAAUGAAGCGGCAACAAGCAUUCCUGCUGAUGAACUGGUAGAAUUUGUACAAAAGUAUGGAAAAAUUCAUCGUCAUCACACAAUGAUUCCCUGGGAUGACGACAUUGACGUCCUUGUCAAUGGCUCUCAGAAGGAGGCUAUGUCACGUGCUCUGGAAUCACUUCCGGAGUACACAUUAUACCGCCCUCCUCUUGUUCAAUGGAAGUUCUUCUCGAAAAAUAUUACUCGAUCUAAAAGACCAUUUGCUUGGCCAUACAUUGACAUAUUCUUUUUUGGAGAAAACGAAACUCACAUAUGGGAUAAAGCAAAUCGAUACACACAGCUUUACAUGUUUCGAAAAGCUGACGUAUUCCCUCUCCAAAAUAAACCGUAUCAGGGGUCGUUACAGCCCGUACCGUGUAACUCUCCGCGCGUGCUCUCCCGGACAUACGACCCAACACUGUGCACCACUUCCUCCUACACGCACAAGGAGGAAAGGUCAAAGGACCCUGGUUCACGAAAGACUGUGAAAUGUGAGUCUUUAUACCGGAAGUUCCCUUUUGUGUUUCGAGAGACACGUGACCACUAUGUAAUGGAGACUGUCAAGGUCGGCGAUUGCAUAUUGUACCAAACAAAGGCAGCGCUGCCAUGUUGGACCGAAUCUCCAUGAAAAUCUGGACUGCAAGAGAUUGAAUUAAUGAUAUAUUUUAAAGGAGAAUCCAUGCUUACAAUGUCUGCCAUUUUACGUGGUGAAAUGCAUUUAUGCUUCUAAUGGCCGAGAAGUAACAGUUAGUGUUGUCCGCUUCAUGAGCGUCAUCACAGCUCAGAAUGAUGAUCGGAUGCGAAAUUUUCACGUGCUACUGCUAUAAAUCUGAAAGGUGACGAUAAAGUCGUGAAAAUAAAAUAAAAAUGGCCACAUCCAAAAACAUGGAGUUAUUCCGACCCUCGUAUUGUAACACUUCCGAUUGAGGGGACGUCCUGACCAAUUGAAACGUCUUCCAUUAUAAUGUGGGAUCAGCUAGUGUACGAAAAAUCAACUGUAUUAUUGUCAAAAUUGUCAAAAACUGAACAUAUUUGUGACCUAUAUUAUUGAUUACAAUGUUAAAUUGUCCUUGUAUCAUCAUUACUGUCUAAGACAAUUGUUUUAUGAUGUGGUGCAAAUAUCUAUAAAUUGGUUCCAAACCA